AUGGCUUUCCGCGCACUUGGCCACUACAACGCCACACUCUUCAGGCCAUGCCGCACCGUCAUAUUCACACUCUAUUCCUCCUUUUCUUCCGCGUGCCGGCGGCGGAACCACUCUCCGCCGUCGCAAGCUCCGCCGUCUCCGAAGAAGGUCCCAUUCACGGUGUCGGCUCACGGUAAGACAUGGCAGGACCCGUAUCACUGGAUGUCCAACACCGACGACCCGAAUCUGUUGAAGUAUCUCAACCGUGAAAACGGCUACGCCGAGAGCUUCAUGGCUGACACCCUCAAGCUCCGUUCCGUUUUGUCAUCUGAGAUGAAAGCACGGUUACCGCCCACCGUUUCCACUCCCCCUGAACGUUGGGGACCCUGGCUGUAUUACCAGUAUAUUCCGGAGGGAAAAGAAUAUCCUGUACUCUGUAGGAGGCUGGAAAUGGAAAAAACUGGUUGGCUGAAGAAUUUUUUUCUUCAAUAUGGAAUGACUAGAUCAAAAAGGGAGGAGAUUUUACUUGACUGGAACGAACUUGCAGAGAAAUAUGGGUAUGUCAAUGUUGGAACAUGCAGAGUUUCACCUGACCACAACUACCUUGCAUACACACUUGAUAUUUCUGGUGGAGAACAAUACACACUUCAGGUAAAAGACCUCAGAAGUGGAUUAAUAGACCCAAACUCUGAAGUUGAUGGCGCUGUUACUUUGGCAUGGGCUCAAGAUGCAAGUUAUCUGUUUUAUACUCUUUCAGAUGAAAAUCAGCGACCUUACAGGGUUCUCUGCAGAAAACUUGGAUACGAUCGUGUAGAUGAUUUGACAGUAUUUACAGAAAACGAUUCCAGUUUUUGUGUGGACAUAACAAGCACAAAAGAUGGGAAAUUCAUAACAGUUUAUGUUAUAGACUCAGUCAAUCCAUCAAAUGGUUUACAAAAAUUAUGUAAUCGUACUUCUGGUGUACAGUAUUUUGUGGAGCAUCACUCUGGUUUAUUUUAUAUUCUUACCAAUGCUCCUAUUCCUGAUCCCCAAUGGUCUGGUCAAGGUUAUUACCUGGUUAGAUGCCAGGUUGAAGAUAUGGAGUCAGCUAAAUUGCAGAAUAUCAUCCUUCCUGACAAAGAUAUGAGCAUAUGUGAUAUGGACAUUUUUAAUGGACACUUGGUUCUUUUCUUCAAUAAGAAAGGUCUUCCUCUGCUUUGCUCAGUGAACUUUCCCAUGAAAAUUGAUUCAAAGCUUCAAGUAUAUAUUCAAGAUCUGAAACCGUGGUACUUUCCUCUGCCAUCAAAUACAUGCAGUGUCAGUCCAGGAUCAAAUCAUGACUUCCUCAGUAUGGUUUACCGUGUGGUUCUUUCAUCACCCGUGAUGCCAGAUUUAGUUGUUGACUAUGAUAUGUCAAAACAUACAUACUCUAUUGUGCAUCGAGAGGAAGUGAACUGUGAUUCUGUUGGUUGGUCAUGCAUCCCAACUUUUGAGCUAAAUAAGAGUACAAUUCAAGAGGCGUGUAGUGAUCAGAAAGAAUGUGCCACGAAUUUUAAUUCACAGAGAUGGAAGGACUUUUCUCAAGUAUACUGCAGUCAGAGAGAGGAAGUUGUUUCCCAUGAUGGUGUAACGGUUCCACUAACCAUUGUGUAUUCUAGAGAAUCCUGGAAGAAGGGUCAAUCCCCUGGACUCUUAGUAGGCUAUGGAGCAUACGGAGAAGAUCUAGAUAAAAGCUGGUGUUCAGAUCGCCUGAGUUUAUUGGACCGUGGAUGGGUAGUGGCAUUUGCUGACGUAAGAGGUGGUGGAGGUGGAGGUCCUUCAUGGCAUAAAUCUGGGAGUGGAUUAAACAAACAGAAUUCAAUAUUUGACUUUGUAUCCUGUGGCAACUACUUAGUUAACAAAGGCUAUGUUCAGAGUGAUCUGCUUGGUGCUAUUGGGUGGAGUGCAGGGUGUCUUCUUGUUGGUGCAGCUAUGAAUAUGUGUCCCCAACUCUUUCGUGCUGUCAUAUUAAAAGUACCAUUUCUUGAUAUAUGCAACACAUUGUUGGAUCCCAGUCUACCCCUCACAAUUUUGGAUUAUGAAGAAUUCGGAAAUCCUCAAUCACAAUCAAAUUUUGAUUCUAUUCUUAGUUAUUCUCCUUAUGACAACAUUCCUUCAAGCAGCUGUUUUCCUUCAGUUUUGGUUACGGCAGCACAUUUGACAUUCAUUCUCAGGGUUGGAGUUUGGGAAGGUGCUAAAUGGGUUGCUAAAGUACGAGAUAUUACCUGCCAUCAUUGUUCUCAUACUGUCAUCAUGAAAACAAGUAUGAUAGGAGGGCAUUUUGGCGAAGGUGGUCGCUAUGCUCAAUGUGACGAAACAGCUUAUGAGUAUGCUUUUCUCAUGAAAGCUUUUGGAAUUUCGAAUGAAUGA